UGCCUGUGUAUCUGUUUUCACUUUCUGCCCCCUCUGAGUCAUAUUCUCUUCUCCUUUAUUAGUCAGUGGGGUUGCCCUUGCUGUCUCUCUGCGGCUAGCAUUUCUCUUCUGAGCAGCCUUAGAAUUCUAACAUCUACCAUGCUGGGUGCUGAGAGAGAAAGCACAUGACUUCCUGGAGCUCCCAGCCUAAUGAGAAGACAAAGCAGAUACUUCCCAGAGAGACCGAGGAGGAGCCUGAGACUGUUCCUGGACAUCCUGUGAAUAUCAGAAAAUAUCUUGUGGAGGCAUUAAAAGAAGGGGAUAUGGUGUUCACAUUUGCUUCCAUGGAUUCCAACCAAUCUUCCUUGGAAACAAACACAUCUUGACAAGUGAUCUUUCCUAAGCAAGGACAAAGGUAUUAAAAAGGAUUCCAUCCUCCUCCUCCGUCCUUGUGCCCAAACUCGACUGGUUUCUCAUUCCAUGAGGAUGAUUUGGUGGAAGAAGAUACAGUGGCAGCAGCGUUACCUGUGGGCCCUGGGCUGCUAUAUGCUGCUGGCCAUUGUUGCUCUGAGGCUUUGUCUCAGAUUGAAAUGUGACUUUGAUGCCCUGGAUCUGAAGUCCAGAGAUUUUCAGAGCCGGCACUGUAGAGACAUCUUGUACAAGUCCCUGAAACUGCCAGCAAAGAGAUCCAUCAGCUGUUCUCGGAUCAUCCAAGGGGACCAGCAGGCAGUGAUUGAGGCUGUGCUGGACAACCUGGAGAUCAAGAACAAGCGGAAGCCUUUCACAGACACUGACUACCUUAACAUGACCAGAGACUGUGAGCACUUUAAGGCUGAAAGGAAGUUCCUACGGUUCCCUCUGAGCCAAGAAGAGUUAGACUUCCCUAUUGCCUACUCAAUGGUGGUCCAUGAGAAAAUAGAAAACUUUGAAAGAUUGCUCCGAGCUGUGUAUGCCCCUCAGAACAUAUACUGCAUCCACGUGGAUGAGAAAUCCCCAGAAACUUUCAAAGAGGCAGUCAAGGCAAUUAUUUCAUGCUUCCCAAAUGUCUUCAUGGCCAGUAAGUUGGUUCGGGUGGUUUAUGCCUCCUGGUCCAGGGUGCAGGCUGACCUGAACUGUAUGGAAGACUUGCUCCAGAGCCCAGUGCCAUGGAAAUACUUACUAAAUACCUGUGGGACAGACUUUCCUAUAAAGACCAAUGCCGAGAUGGUCCUGGCCCUCAAGAUGUUGAAUGGGAAGAACAGUAUGGAGUCAGAAAUACCUACUGAGUACAAAAAGACUCGCUGGAAAUAUCACUAUGAGACAAAAGACACGUUGUACGUAACCAACAAGAUCAAGGAUCCUCCCCCUGAUAACAUACCUAUGUUCACAGGGAAUGCCUAUAUUGUAGCUUCCCGAGACUUUGUCCGACAUGUCUUAGAGAACCCCAAGUCCCGACAACUGAUUGAAUGGGUAAAAGACACCUAUAGCCCCGAUGAGCAUCUCUGGGCCACGCUUCAGCGUGCACCAUGGAUGCCUGGCUCUAUUCCCUACCACUCCAAGUAUCACGUCUCAGAUAUGGCAGCCAUUGCCAGGCUGGUCAAGUGGCAGGGCCAUGAGGGAAACAUCAGUAUGGGGGCACCUUAUGCACCUUGCUCUGGAAUCCACCAGAGGUCUAUCUGUAUUUACGGGACUGGAGACCUGCAUUGGAUUCUUCAAAACCAUCACCUCUUGGCCAACAAGUUUGAUCCAAAGGUGGAUGACAAUGUUCUUCAGUGUUUAGAAGAGUACUUACGUCAUAAGGCCAUCUAUGGGACUGAACUCUGAGAUAAACUAUAAGAGGAUUGCUACCUGUGGGGCAAGAACAUGUGGAUACAUACUUCAGAUGGGCUGGGACAAUGUGGGGUGGGAGACCAGGGCUCUGCAAUCCGUGGCAUCCCCAAGUUAGGGGGCUGCUGUCGGAGUGUGGGUAAGUAGAUCUGCCUUGCAACUUGCUGUCCUGGGUGAACACUCCUGGUGAGCAUUCACCCACCCCACUCCUAAGAGCUCUCCCACUGACUUUGUCACAGAGUCAAAAUAAGAAGCAGUUAUUUGGGAGAGUAAGGGAGGGAAGUGUGGCAGGGGACCCUGGAUUUCAGUUGAGUGCUUGCUGUCUGCUUUUCUACUCUAUGCUGGUUCUAAUAAAUUCUAGGCUUGGUAGUGGGGGCGGGGUGGGACUUUAAUGAAAAGAGGGCCUUUUGUACUAUUAACUUAAAAAUAAAUAGCUCUUUAUU